AUGGAUGUAGGAAAUAUCUGUUUAAGAUGUUAAGCAGUAAUUUGUGAUAUAGAAAAAUAGUGUCUCCAUCAUCAUAAUUAAUGUAUAUGAAAUUAAUAUAAUAAAACAUAGAAAAGAGUGAUCAUUGUAUUUUUAUUAAUCUACUUUCUACAUAAAUGACAUGUAUAAUUUGUAAAUUAGAGAUCUUGGAUUUUGAAUAAUAUGGAUUAACUGGAAAUGAAGAUGUUUUUAGUUAAUGGAUUAAUCCAUAAAGAAUUAGAAUUGAAUAUCUAAGAUACUUUUAAAAGCAAGAAUUAAGUAUAUAGAGAUUUAAUUCUCCUAAUGUUGGCAUCUUAAAUAUAGCUAAUUUUAGUUUUAUGAAUUGUGUUUUAUAAAUUCUACUCAAUUUUCCUACUAUUUAAUAAAUUCUCUCAAAAGUACAUGUUGAAAUGGAGAAAGGAGACUUCAAUAUUAAAUCUAUUAAAAAAAUAAUACUAAGAAACAUUUGUUGUAUGAGUGAUGCUCUAAAAUCAAAAUAAGUUAAAUUACUUAAUCCUACAGAACUUAUAAAAAGUAUUGCAUAAUCUGAAAGUAAGUUAUUGGGAUAUGGUUAAAAAGAUGCUUAUGUAAUAAUUUAUAAUUAAUACUUUAGGAAGCAUUUAAAUAUAUAAUUAAUUUUUUACAUGAAGAAUUUAGAUUUACUAAUAGUGUUUCUUAUUGGAAAAAUAUUAUACCAUUUUAAAAUCAAGAAGCUAUUACACAUGAUUGGUUAUUAUUGUAAUAUUAUUAAUUAUAUAGAGAAUAGAAGUUAACCAUCAAAAUUUAGGGAUUAUUCAUUCAUCUAAAAUGUAUUUUCAGGAGAACUUUAAUCAACAAUAUAAUGUCUUAAUUGUAAUAGACUUACUUUAGUAAAUGAAAAUUAUUCAGCUAUAUCACUUGAAAUACCAUAAAAUAAUGAAUAAAAUGUAAUCUCUAAAUUCUUUAAUAAAUUAACAAAAGAUAAACAAAAUUCUGUUACAUUAUAAAAUUGUUUAGAUUUGUUUUAUGAGCCCAUUUAAGAAACUAAUUUUCUUUGUUUAUGUGGAUCUCGAAAUGGUAGAAGAACAUAUAAAUUUAGUAAAUUUUCAAAUAUACUUGCUAUUCACAUAUAAAGAUUCAAAAAUAAACAUUAAAAAGAUUAAACUUAUGUCUCAUUUCCAGUUGAAUAAACUAACUUUUCCAAUUUAUUAAAUGUAUUAAUAUUAUAAUAUUUAAGAUGUAAGGAGAUUUGAAUUAUUAACUUUUUGGAUUAAUUGUACACUAUAGUAAUGUAGGUGGUGAUCAUUAUGAAUCAAUAAUUAGACAACCUAAUAAUACAUUUAUUUCAAUUAGAGAUGAUUAAAUCAAUCCAGUAACUUUAAAAUAUGUAAAAGAAAGUGAAGCUAUUAUGUUAUUUUAUCAAAAAGUAGAUUCACCUACUAAUUACAAAACUAUACAUAAUGUAUUAACUUAAUAUGAAUUAAUUUAAACUGGAGAAAUAGUAUUAAAAGAUGAUGAACUUAGUUUUUUACCUAAUUUUUGGUUUGAAUAAUUUUUAACAUUAAGUAAUCCAUAAAUGAUUAUAACAUCACAUUUAUUGUGUUUUCAUAAUUAAUUGAAACCUGAUUAUUGGGAUUUUAGAUAAUCCUAUGAAAAUGUAAAUUCAUAAGAAUAAAUGAAUGCAAGUUUCUUAUGUGAUCAAAGUAUUAAUUUGUAGUAAAAUAAUAAUAAUAAUAAUAAUUCCUCUUCUUAUUUUUAAUUAUAACUUUAAUCUGUAUAAUUACCAACUGCUAUAUGUUAAUUUUUAGUUGAAAAAUAUGGUGGUGGUCCAUUAAUUUAAAAGAAUAUUUAAACUUGUACCAUUUGUAUUGAAUAAGCUCAAAAUAUGAGUAAGAGAAGAAAAUUGGAGAGAACUUUAAUUUAAAAAUAUGAAGAUUGUUAAUCAGAUAGAUAAUUUAUCAUUAAUCUAGAUUGGAUUAUAAUGUGGUAAAGAUAUCUCUACAAUUCAAAAUAAUAAUUACAAAAGAAUUUCAUAUUUGGUAAUCCUCCUCCAGGAGAAAUUAAUAAUCUGCCUCUAUUGGAUAGUAAUCAUCAACUUCUUUAAGAUAAAUAGGUUGAUAAGGAUUAUAGUCUUAUAAGUCAUUAAUUAUGGACUGUUUUAGUUUCAAUUUAUGGUGGAGGUAAGUUAUAUUUAUAAUAUAUUUUAGGGCCCAUUAUUCAAGUGAGUUCAUCAUCUAAUGAAUAAGACAAUCCUAAAUUAAAGUAAAAAUAGAUUUAAUAUAUAAUAGAACAUUCAAUUUAGAUCCUGAAGACAAUAUUAAAAUUAAAGAAAUUAGGACUAUUUUGAAUUAAUGCUUCAAAAUGUAUAAUAUAUGUGAAAAUAUAGAUUGUAUAUGA